GUUAUGAAAGAGAAAGCUGAGUUACCACAAUGGUUGGAAGACUGGUUUCUUUGAUGCUUCUAAGUACAUUGUCUUUGAUUGAAAUGAAUGAGGUUCCUCAGCAGAUCUCUUUAACUGUGGCUAAACUCGGAGAUAAUGUGACACUGACAUGUGCGCUCUCUGCAAGUGAUCAAGGGUUGUUUUACUGGUAUAAGCUGAAUUUUGGAUAUAUGGUUCAAACAGUUGCUGAAGGAAGUUUUGACAAAAUAUUAUUUCAAAUUAACAACUCAAGAUUCAGUGCCACACAAAUGGGUAAUGUGCUUUCUCUUAUCAUAAGAAAUGUAAGCAAAAAAGAUGAAGCAAUGUACUUCUGUCAAGCAGGAUCAUCAUUCAGUAUGACAUUUAAAAAUGGCACAAUUUUGGCAGUGACAGAUCCUAAAACGCAAAAUGCAUUUGUCACCAUGAAACAAACUCCAGAAGUGGGGCCAGUCCAUCUGGGUAAUGCAGUGACUAUGCAGUGUUCGCUCCACUCCAAGAACAAAACUGAGACAGAUCAGUGUCCAUAUGGUGAAACAUCUGAUACUGGGACCUACUACUGUACUGUGGUAACAUGUGGACAAAUCCUGUUUGAUGAAGGAGCUAAAGUGGAGACCAAGGAGUUCCCGCUCGUUACUGUGCUUGGCGUACUGCUGACCUGCUCUGUGUUUGUGAAUUUUGCACUGAUUCUCACCAAAAAGAAAAAGGAAAGAAAAAAGAAAAAACAACCUCGUGAGCACUGCAAAGGAACAGGAAAAAUAGAAGUCUUUACUGAUGUUGAACAGGAAAAAUCAUCUGGGGAUCAAAUGAGCAAUGAGGAGGGUGAAGAAGUAGGACUAAACUAUGUGGCUCUGGAUUUCCCCUCAAGAAGAUCUUCAAGAUGGAAGAGUAAGAAGGAGUCACCAGAGUGCACCAUAUACUCUGGCAUCAGAGAGGGCCAGUAAAAGGCUGUCCCCAUGAAAAAUGCAGAUUCCUCUGGUGUAUAGUUGUGAUCAAAAAGAAAAUUACAAUGAGGAGGGAUUGUUUUUUUUCUUCUGUUUCAUUUUUUUUUUUUGGUUGCUGUGAGAGAGGCUCUUUUUAUUAACUUUAUGAAGAUUUUUUGCCAGGAUUCUUAUUUUUGAUUAAGGAGGUGGAGUAGUUAAUAUAUAUGCUGUGUAUGUUUAUUGCAAGGCUACGGAGCCCCACAAGGAA